AUGGGUAUGGUCGCUGUCCGCCAACCCUUUUCACCCAACAUUCGCAGCCCGACCUUGAGUGAAGCUGAAAAUGAACUCGAGGCACAACUUACUGCCUUCUCCGACGACAAUGCGUUCGUGUGGGAUGAUGCAUGGAAUGAUAUCAUCACACAACAACGAUCGCCACUGAGUCCACAGGGUCUGGCACGAGCCGAUUCGGUGACAUACGACGUUCCUCCGUGGGUUCCUCCGCCUCAAGUGCCCAGAAAGUCUAGCAGGCGGACAACACUAGCGGACUACGAUGGUGCUUUCCGAUUAUCAAAGGUUCCGGAAGACCAUAUUGUAUCACAGCUCAAACGUUCUCGGAGCAAAGCCAGAGACCUCAGCAUAAAAAUCCCCACGUCCAGACGCAUGACCACCGACACAUUCAUCCUUUCACCGAUCCCGAUACCUCCAAAGGACAUCAAAAGAUCUAUCACUCCCGAAGUAGCCGAAGGAGUCAUCUUCAGCAUCCUACGCAACCUCGAAAGCCUCGACGAUCUCUUCGCAUGUGCCAUCGUCAACCGCGGUUUCUACCGUGUGUUCAAGCGUCACGAACUUGAGCUGAUGAAGGCUGCUCUACAAAAGAUGUCGCCGCCCGCAUGGGAGCAUCGCGAGAUCUGCUAUCCCGGCCACGACCAACUCGACGAAGAGCAACUGGACCGCCCUAGACAAGAGUACACCCCAACCUCAUUCGUUCAGUACUACACUCGCGACAUGUACAUCGUUGCAGCUAUCAAAUCGUUGAUCAAAGACAAGUGCCAGUCCUUCAUGCGGCCAGAAAUCUCCUCGGCCAUUGUCAGCGAGGACCCAGAUAAAUCAGCACGAGUCGAUGAUGCACUGUGGCGCAUUUGGACCUUCUGCAAGAUAUUUGGUUCCGGAAAAGGACGCGAAGAAGACAUCGUAGCACAGAUGGAUUGGCUGAAAGGUGGCCCAAUGGUUCAUCAAAAGACCGCCACCCACAGUGCUCUCUUCGCUGACGACUUCAAUGAGACUCUGGCGAGCGCUCCAGAAUGCUUUGCUAAAGGCAACGAAGGUGGGCUUUCCGCCGAGCAGCUUUUCGACAUGAUGGAGCUGUGGAACUGCCUGGGCGUGCUACUGCAGCCGAUCGAAGGUCGCACUAUCCAAGCUAGAGAGUAUGGCAUUUAUGAGAAUACGAACGUUCGUGGCGGUGAUAUUGACGGCGAAGAGUUGAUGCUUGAUGAAUGGUAUUACUACCUUCUCACGCUAGGUCUCUCGACCAUUCUCGAACUCACCGCUCCAUGCACCAAGUCCGACGCCUCGGUCUUCAUUCUUGCUUCUCAGAAUGGAUGGGCGAACUGGAACCCUCCCAUGUUCGGUGGUACGCGCCGCAACUUCCUCAAGGAGGCUGCCUCGCGUGUCUACGAAGACAAGAUUGCUUGUACCUAUGCCGAGAACUCCAACAAGGAUGUCCAGCGUGCGCUAUCCAAGCAACGCAUUCAAAAGCACAUCUCUGAACUCCGCCAAAGGAAAAACAGCGGCGAGAGACUAAACGUUGUCCGUAUGAGCCAAGAGCGACCGAUUAGUGAAUGGGAAGGCGUCAUCAACAACUUGACGAGGCCACUGCCGAUUCCCACCUCCGGCAACAAUCUAGUCUCUCAUAUUCCGUCUCUACAUUCCGCAAACUUGUCCGUCUCAGUUCCGGAGCUUCCGACAGCCCGCACACCCUCGCCACUUCCGCGUCCUCAAUCUCCGCCACGCCGUAUCGUUGCGCAACCCUUACUCCCCUCUCCUCCGCCCUCUACUGUUCCUAGCAUCAGAGACCGAAGUAGUCUUGCGCUGAGCGACACGCACCCUGCAUUCAGACAGUCUCGAUCCGGGAAUAUUCCCGAGAUGCCACGCUUGGACGAGCACCCCGCAUUUGUAAACCACAUGCGAAGAGUGAGCGACGAAGCCGAUCGUGAAUCAAACCCAAUCUCAGCUCCAGCAUCAAGCGCGACGAACAGCCAAAGUCACAGCCAGCGUAGUAGUCCUUCGCUAGAUAGCCAUUCAGCUUUCCAACAACACCCCGUUCAACGCAUCGUCCAAGACUUCGGACCCGUUGAAAAUACUGUUGAUCGCGCAGUAUACCGCAUCGUGGAGAUGGGCUUCACCGCUGAACAGGCGAGACAGGCGCUUAGACGAACCGAUCUGGGUGAUGGUCUAAGGGUUGACCGGGCUGUCGAGCUAUUGCUCAGGGAGUUGUGA